AUGAUUUUUAUACCUUUAACAAUUCUUGGAGCUCUUAUUAGAUUACUUUGUUUAAGACCUCAUGAUGAGUUAUUUUCUUUACCUUUUGAAAUUCCUUUACCUUUCAUUCGUACAAAAACUAUUUUUCAAAAUGCUAUUGAAAGAAUCAGGGUUUAUUUACAAAUCAGCACAAUGUUACAACUCCCUAUUAUUAUUUCUCAUACUACAAAAGUUGAAGAAUCUACAAAAGUUGAAGUUUCUCAUACUGCAAAAGUCAAAGAAUCUACAAAAGUUGAAGAUUCUCAUACUUUAAAAGUUGAAGAAUCCCAUACUACAAAAUUUAAAGAAUCUCAUACUACAAAUGUCAAAGAAUUCUAUACUACAAAAGAAUCUCAUACUACAAAAGUUAUAGAUUCUCAUACUACAAAUGUCAAAGAAUCCCAUACUACAAAAGAAUCUCAUACUACAAAAGUUGUAGAUUCUCAUACUACAAAUGUCAAUAUUUCAACUCCUACUUUAUCACUACCACCAACUCCUCCAUCAUCUUUUAUUUUAAAUCCUCCUAAUUCAAAUAAUCCAAAUAAAUUGUUUAAAGAAUUAAUUUUAAAAGAUGAUUACUUUUUAUAUGAUUGCGUUCAAUUUCCUAAAUAUACUGGAUUGUUUAUGAUUUGGUUAGAAGAAAAAAUUAUGGAAGAUGAAUUUGGUAAGAAAAAAUGGAGAGAAUUUACAAAUAACAAGAUGAAAAAAAAGUUUAUUCCUUUCAUAUUUUAA